UCUCCGGAAAAGCUUUAUAUAUAAAAUGGAAGCAAAGUACGACCAAGAAGGAUUUUUAUCUAAAGUUCGCGGUAGGUUUGGUUUUAGAAAAGAUGUUGCUUUAUCUAAAUGGAACGGUAAUGCCUAUGUGCAUAUCAGUGACAAUUAUAAUUGUUGGGAGACUGAUACGUUUGAUAAAACAAAAUCAAAAUCUGUAACCAUAAAAUGGAAAGACGCUAUAAAACUGAAGGAAUGCCUCGGUAAACUUGAACCAUAUGCGACUCAAAUUGAAACAGAACUACAAGUCGGGCUAUCUAAUGAGCAACAACGAGCAGCAUUAAACGAGCCGUUUGAAGCCGAAACAGCUGGUCCUUCGCAAACAAUUUACAGCAAAAACCUGAUGCCGGUGGGAAUUGCGCAGUAUUUACCACCUGGUUAUCAAAAAGAAAACCCUGCAACAAGAAAAAAAAUCAUAUAUGAACGACAGGGCAGUCGCUAUCAACCGUACUAAUGGAUGUCGAGGAAUAUAGAGUUAAACAUUUCCGAAAAAAAGCGUUGAAACUUUUACAAGAAAUUGAAUCAACGAUGGAAGAAUAUGACGAACUACAAUUAAAAUUUAACAUUUUAGAUAAAGAAUUUACCGAUUUGCUUAUAAACAUGUCAACUUUGAAAUUACAUAUUGUCGAUUUAGAACGUAAAUUUCUUUUCCUUAUCGUUCAUGUUUCACUUACAGCUGUAACGGACUAAAAAGAUUCUAAUAACGACCACCGAUGAGUAAACGAAAUUUCUCCUCCCGUUCUGCAAUGAAAAAUAAUUUUAUACGUCUUCUGAUUAUCUACAACGUAUUCCAUCCAUGCUCUCUAAUUAAUAGCGUACAAGUUGAUGAUACAUUCCCGACUUUCCACAACGUUGUUGACACGAGACCUGAACUUUUCAAACGUGGAUAGGUCAGCUAACCAUUGUCUUAUUUUCCGCUCAUUGUUCAAGUAAAAAUAAAAGUCCUCGGGUAAAAUGGAGUACAAAGCCACUUCAUAAACUUCGAAGUUCAGGAUAUGUAUCAACGAAAUAUACGGUUCCCUCACAAAAUCGUCAUAAAUCUUCUAACACAAAGCCGGAGAUAAGACCCGUCUCUCACUAGAUUCCAUGUGUAGUCGCUGCACUCAUACCGCAAUAUAAGCCGCUGAGAAAUCAAAAUCUCUCUUAUAUAAGCGUUUUAAAAUUCGUGCUGUAUGAUACAUGUGUACCGUAUUCCCUUACCUUAUGACGCGUGUAAAGGGCAAACUCCGCAUAGUCACGUGCAAAGGACAAACUCCGCAUAGUCACGUGUAAAGGGCAAAAUCCGCAUAGUCACGUGUAAAGGGCAAAAUCCACAUAGACACGUGUAAAGGGCAAAAUCCACAUAGUCACGUGUAAAGGGCAAACUCCACAUGUGGAC